AUGUCGUAAGAAACCCUACAGAGAAAAUUGGCGGCUGCAAAGAAAAAGAUAAGAAACUAUCAGUGGAGGAGCAGCCUUGGUGUUCCUACAGGAGCGAAAGAGAAAAUUAAAAAUGGCAGUAACCCUGAGACAACCACUUCUGGUGGUUGCCACUCACCUGGGGAUAUUCAGGACAUUCUGAAUGUCCUGGUGUCUGACCUUAACCCUUCCAGUGGGGUAGCGCUCCCCACAUUGGACAAGUGGAAGAGUUGUACACUGAGCCUAGCCCUAGCCCUUUUAAGGGGCACUGUGUGGAACAGCUCGGGGUCCCCAGAGCUGAACUUCUCACUGUCCACCAUCCAGUUUUCAAGCUGGUGUGAAGCCCUUGAUGCUAACCAGCAGUUACUGCAGGCCAUGGAGGAGCAGGCACAGCUGGAAGCACACCUGGGGCAGGUAGUGGAGGCAUGUAGACAAAUACAGCUGGAAAGUGAUACAUUUGCUGAGAUUCUUAAAGGAGAGAGAGCCACGUGGCAGCAGAGGAUGAAUCAGACCUGUGUGCAGAUGCACUCACUGAGGGAGGAGGAGUGUAUUAUGAAUCGGUUACAGGAGCUAGAGACAAGCUUGGUGGAAUUGAGAAAACAGAUGAGUAAGCCGAGGCUGGGCUGAACUCCCAGCCCUGCAAUCCCCAGCAGGCCCUCUGAGGUGGUGCAGCAGCUACAAGAGGAGGCUGAGCACCUGAGGGAGGAGUUGGAAAGUCUGGCAGGACAGCUCCAAGCCCAGGUACAGGACAAUGAGGGCUUCAGUCACCUGAACCGGGAGCAGGAGGAGAGGCUGCUGGAGCUGGAGUGGGUGGCCGAGCUCUGGGGGAAGCAAGUGGAGGCACGCAGACGAAUCCUGCAGCCCAGAGAUCACACCGCUGUCAGCCGCGCGCUCUCCCAGACCCGUGAGGUCAAGGAACAGCUGGCCGAGCUGCAGAGUGGCUUCAUAAAGCUGGUCUUCCUGCAGGUAGAGAUGGAGAGCCAAGAGGCUCAGAGUCUGCAGCAGCAGAGAGACCAGUCCCUAGGUCCCCUGCAGCAGUACGUGGCCACCUGUCAGCAGCUAAGCUCUGAGAUGGAGGCGCUGCACAGGCAGUUACUGCUGCAGACCCAGCUCAUGGACCAGCUGCAGCAGCAGGAAGCUUAGGGCAAAGCGAUGGCCAAGAUGGCCCACCAAGGGUUGCAGGAGACCCAGGAGCACCUGGAAGCUGCCAGCCAGCAGAACCAGCAGCUACAGGCCCAGCUGAGCCUCAUGACUCUCCCUGGGGAAGGUGCAGGAGACCACUCAGAGGAAGAGGAGGGAGAGAAGGAGAAGGAGGAGGAGGCGCCUUGGCCCAUGCCGAGCAUCCUGCAGGACCUGGAAAGCCAGGAGUCCAUGGUGGCAUUUUUAACAUCAGCUGUAGCCGGUACAGACGGGGAGCAGGCUCGGCUCCGUGGGCAGCUGAAGGAGCAAAGGCUGCGCUGCCGGCACCUGGCUCACCUGCUGGCCUGGGUCCAGAAGCAGCCAGAGGCAGCAGCCCCAGCCCCAGGGACUGGGAUGGAUUCUGUGUGUGGUGAGACCCACCGGGCCCUGCAGGGGGCCAUGGAGGAACUGCAGAGCUGCUUUAUGCAGCUGAUGCAGGAAAAGGUGGACCUGAAGGAGCGGGUGGAGGAGCUGAAACAUCGCUGCAUCCAGCUCUCUGGAGAGACAGACACCAUCAGUGAGACUACACCGCCCUCUCUCAGCCAGGGGGCAGCACUGAAGGAGCAGCACCGAGAGGAGGAGGAGCACAUCCACAGGCUAGCCCAGGACAAGGAGGAGAUGAAGGAGAAGCUGCUGGAGCUGCAGGAGCUGGUGUUGCGGCUUGUGGGCGACAGGAACGAGGGCCAUGGCAGAUUCCUGGCAGCUGCUCAUGAACCAGCUCCAGGGGCCCCAGUCCCCCGGAGCUCAGGGCUGCCGACAAGCAGGGGACAUCUUUGCCAGGUAAGCCUUGCCGGCAGCGUGGAGCCUGCACAAGGAGAAGCUGGGGAGGGUUCUCCCCGCGACAACCCCACUGCACAGCAGAUCAUGCAGCUGUUUGGUGAGAUGCAGAACCCUCAGGAGCGCCCAAGCUUGGGCAACAUCCCCUGCAUUCUGUUUUUCUACCAGGCUGACAAGAACCACGAGGUAAAGAUUAUCCUCAUCUGA